AUCUGUGUGUACCAUAAAAUCCAUUAUCUCAAAACACGAACCUCAAGCUCCUGAGCUCAGAACUUGGGCCUGGCCAAAUUGUGCUGACUGAUACCUACAUGCUUUUUGUACCCUAUAAACAACCUAGUUAACCCAAAAUUUGGUAUGGUUACUGUGGCGUGAAAAGCCAGCUGAUGGAUAGAAAUAAGGCAAAUGAACCUGCAAGGUAUGCUUCAAUUUUUAGAUAUGUUCAAAAGCAAUAAUGUUGGUAGGCCUUUAGGAAGUAGGUGGUAAUGCUUAUAGGCAAGACUGCACAUCAUAAUCCAGCUUUUCAGGAUUGCAGUUUAGGAAGUUAAAUGCAAACCCCAUGAGAAGGAGCUUACUGCUGCUGGAGUUUUUGCCAAGAUUUUACCUGAAAAGGAACAAAAUCUAUGCUUUGGGAAAGACCUUCCAUUCAUGGGAAUAUGCAGAGAGAAGAUGCAGCGCAUCACAGACAUGUUCACAGACACUGGGCUGAUGGCAGUUACAACAAACAAUGAUACCUUCGUCGGGUUUCGUCGGGCUCUCUGGUCGCCGCCAGGAAUGGCAUCCUUUGACAGCUGCCUGCUGGCCACAUUGUCUUGGGACCGGCGACUGAAGAUCUACGAGGUGCAGUCAGCCAAGCCUCGACUGGUGACGGUCAUCAGCGACCAGUGGAUUCAAAAUCACGCCGACCUCGCUGAAGAUGUUGUCACCCUGACAGACGUCAGGCGACGAACCUACGAGCUCUCCAUAGUCGACAUGGCAUGGACUGGUAUGUCGGAGGGGGAGAACGGCGUGGCCCGCUGUCACCUGGUCACCGUGACCCGGUCCGGUCACCUGGCUGUGUGGAGGGUCACCGCCGGUAGCCUCCGGGCCGACCUCGUCGCCCAGUGGGUGCUGCCGGACCCGGAUGACCGGGUCACGUGUCUGGCCUGGCUCGAGUCAGGAGCUUUGCUGCUGGGCCGGCAGUCGGGCCGUCUGCUGGGGUACGGCCUGAGCCUGACCGACCGGGUGACGCACACGCCACCCUGGACGCUUCUGGCCGACGAGGACCAGCUGCCGGUGAGCUGCGUCGUCGCGGCCGACACGGGCGCCGACCCGCCGCUCCUGCUGGCCAAGGGAUUCGCCGUGAUGGCGCUGCGACUGACGAGGAGUGGCGACGCGGCCACGGUGACCGGCUCGGCGUUCGUCCGGCUGGAGGGCGCCCAGGUGACAGGUAUGGCCCCGCUGUCCCCGGGCUGCGCCAUCGUGUCGACGCUGUACAACCAGUUCUGGACGGUGCGGCUGGAGGAGGGCGAGCCCCUGGCGCUGCGCUCGGCACCUAUCUCGGUCCUGCUCGAGCCCGUGCAUUACUCGUGCCACGCCUUGGCCACCUCGCCGAGUCGCGUCAUCAUCUGCACUGUCGAAAGGGUGUUCGACUACUACGACCAUCUGCAGCUGCGUGAACCGGUGCGGGUCAGCUUCACGCUGCUGGAGCAGCCGCUGGACCAGCUGCUCAACUCGGUGCUCAACAGCCGGCUGCCGUUGCGCCGGCUCACGGACGUGCUGGAGGCGGCCAGACUGACAAUGCUGGUGGACAAGACGCCGUUCUCGCUGCUGGAGGGGGACGAGGCACUCUCCCGCCAGUCCGCGCGUCACCUGCAGAGCACGCUCUUCAUGGCCUGCUCCUCGCACCCGCUGCAGAAGCCCGGCGACGCUGCCGCCCCCGAUCUGGACAGGUACGCCGAGUUGCUGCGCGUCCACCUGCUGCGUGGCCACCUGGCGCGCGCGCUGGAGCGCCCGGGUGCCGCUGCCGGUCCGUUCCAGAAGCGUGCCAGAGCGGUGCUGGCCGCCGAGCCGGCGGAGCUCGGCGGCGUGGUCGACGCCAUGCCCGCCUGUGGCAUCUGCCAACAGGGUGUGAGCGCGCUGACCAGUCUGGAGGCGAUGUGUGAGGCCGGCCAUCGACUGCCCGUCUGCUGCCAGACGGCGGCGCUCUGUGACACCGUGCCCUACCGACGCUGCGAACAGUGUGGCGCGUUUGCCCUCAACGACACAGUGGCCGAGACAGGUUUGGACCUGGGGCCGUGGUGUACCUUCUGUGACGGUCGGCUGAGCAGCUCCCUAUGACCGGCAGGUCUGGGCCUGGGGCCGUGGUGUACCUUCUGUGACGGUCGGCUGAGCAGCUCCCUAUGACCGGCAGGUCUGGGCCUGGGGCCGUGGUGUACCUUCUGUGACGGUCGGCUGAGCAGCUCCCUAUGACCGGCAGGUCUGGACCUGGGGCCAUGGUGUACCUUCUGUGACGGUCGGCUGAGCAGCUCCCUAUGACCGGCAGGUCUGGGCCUGGGGCCGUGGUGUACCUUCUGUGACGGUCGGCUGAGCAGCUCCCUAUGACCGGCAGGUCUGGGCCUGGGGCCGUGGUGUACCUUCUGUGACGGUCGGCUGAGCAGCUCCCUAUGACCGGCAGGUCUGGACCUGGGGCCAUGGUGUACCUUCUGUGACGGUCGGCUGAGCAGCUCCCUAUGACCGGCAGGUCUGGACCUGGGGCCAUGGUGUACCUUCUGUGACGGUCGGCUGAGCAGCUCCCUAUGACCGGCAGGUCUGGGCCUGGGGCCAUGGUGUACCUUCUGUGACGGUCGGCUGAGCAGCUCCCUAUGACCGGCAGGUCUGGACCUGGGGCCAUGGUGUACCUUCUGUGACGGUCGGCUGAGCAGCUCCCUAUGACCGGCAGGUCUGGACCUGGGGCCAUGGUGUACCUUCUGUGACGGUCGGCUGAGCAGCUCCCUAUGACCGGCAGGUCUGGGCCUGGGGCCGUGGUGUACCUUCUGUGACGGUCGGCUGAGCAGCUCCCUAUGACCGGCAGGUCUGGAC